CCAUUCAUUCAGCAUCAUUUUCUUCUCUCUCGCCUGUUUGAGCAAAUCGCCAUUUGUCUGAAUGUGCAUCCAACUCUUCCAGUUGCAGAUCGCCUGGGCUGUGACCCUCGGACACGUUUCCAAGUCCCUCCCAACACCAAGCAGUGGAUCGCUUUGCUGCAGCGAGGAAACUGUACCUUCCGAGAGAAAAUCCUGCGGGCAGCUUCACACAAUGCCACCGCCGUGGUCAUCUACAACAAUAUAUCCAGCGAGGAGCCCGUCACAAUGACUCAUCAAGGAACUGGAGACAUUGUUGCUGUAAUGAUUACAGAAUCAAAAGUGAAGGAGAUCCUGAAUUAUUUGGAAAAGAACAUCUCUGUCCUGAUGGCCAUAGCAGUGGGUUCCCGUGUUCCACUAAAGAACUUCAGUCGGGGCUCCCUAGUCUUUGUGUCAAUAUCUUUCAUUGUUUUGAUGAUAAUUUCUUCAGCGUGGUUAAUAUUUUACUUCAUCCAGAAGAUAAGGUACACAAGUGCACGUGAUAGGAAUCAGCGUCGCCUUGGAGAUGCUGCCAAGAAAGCUGUUGGUAAAUUGACAACCAGGACAGUAAAGAAGGGAGAUAAGGAGACAGACCCAGACUUUGAUCAUUGUGCUGUCUGCAUUGAGAGUUACAAGCAGAAUGAUGUUGUUCGCAUUUUACCGUGCAAGUAAGCUAGUAGAGUUGCUUUGUUUGGAAACUGUUUUUUUUCUUCUUGCUCCUUUGCUUCAUUUCAUAUUAAAUAUGCACUGUAAUUUCUAGAUACGUAUGUUAGCUAUUUCCUGUCCUAAUAACAGCCAUUUUAUUUUAGACUGUAUGAAACCAGGUCUGCAGAUGAGUGGUUCAGACGUUAGCAGUGGAGCUGUUUAUAUUUGAGGUUUGGGGCAGUUUUAAGGGCUGAACAGCAAGCAGACAAACUGAAGUGUGAUGAACAAGGUGCAGCAGCAACAUUCUGUACAGCGUCCGUGCAGUGCUGCUGUGGCUUUCUGAAAUAGCGCUGGAGGCAGAUGCAGUCUUUCUAGCCUUUGUACCUCGUUUGACACCAAUCAACCACUGUGCUGUCUGUUUUUGGUUUCUCCAGUGCAAUGGAUUCUUGGCUUGAGGACUGCUGCUUGCUGCAUGCUCUGUACUGGUGCUUAAAACAUAGCAAUUGCUUUUUUGCCCUUCUUUUGACAUCUACAGGUUUUCAAUUCAUUUCCAGUCUUGAGUUAUGGGAUAUUUACUCUUUGAGAGAUGCUUUUAAGUGCUUAUCCUCGUGGUUAUUGUUUUCAGUGAUUGGGUAAUUUUUGGUAGCCAUAAGCAUUACCAAGGUCAUUUUUCCCUUGCGUUCUGAUAUACAGAGCUUUCUCCUUAUCUCCCAGUGCACAAAAAAAAGACGUCAUGUUGCAUAUAUACAGCCAAGAUCCAGUAAUUAGGUAUGUGCAUGAUGCACUAGAAGCAUCUCAGUCAUGGAGUUGGAGUCAACCUUCAGUUACAUAGCAGCAGUGUGUAGCAGCUCAUUAUCAGUCUUCUGAAUCUCCCUAUGGGCUACUUUGAGUAGCUGGAUAUUUUUAAUUCUAAUUCAUAAUGAGUUUCUGUUAUGAUAAAAGGAAAACAAUAUUUUCUAUCUUAGCAAAUCAAAAUUUGUAUGUAUUCUAAUUCUGAAACCAGGCUUAAUUAGUUUUUUACUUUUUUCUGUUCUUUAUUUCUUGAACUGUGGGGAAAACAAUGAACUGCUUUAAGUUCUCAGUAGUGCUGUGUUUAGUUAAUGUACGCUACAAAUGUUUGUUCAGAAACUACCAUUAAAAUAUUUGGAAGUUCAGGAAGGUUUGGGAGGUUUGGGUCUUGCUGAUGGGUGUCCAUUUCUUCCUACAAGUUCAAUCAUUUUUACUCAUUCAAAGCUGACAUCCUCCUGCCCAUUAAAAUAUAUUCCCAGCUGUUGAGUUUUCAGACUCUUUUGUCAUAUAUUGUGAUCUCAUGUAGAGUUUUCCUAUGUGAGUUAUGCCCUAGUCCAUUUAUGAGGAAGAUUUGGAAGUCAGAGGAGAAACUUCUGGAAACACCAGCUCUGAACCACAAGGCUGAUGGAUAGAACUCAGGGUUUAGACUCAAGGGUUUGCAGUGGGUGCUCACAAAUCCCACUCCUCAGUCUCUGAUGCUGAGGAGAGGUCAGUGAGAUGUCCUUGCCAAUGUAGAGCACACAGUUGAUGAGGAACCAUCUCCUACCACUGAGCACAGAGCAAAAUGGGGUCUGAAGGCCACUUCACUAGGUAAGAGCCCAGCACUGCCCAACCUGCAGAUGUCUUGCUAGUAUCAGUAGAUAUGACACAGACCUUUUGACCAGGAUGAUUAUGUAUUUAUUUUACAAGUCCAUUUCCUUCAGAUGCCUGUUGCAAGCCAUGGUGCUGCAGGCAGAGCCCCCUGGUCACAGCUGCUGCAGGGAGCUGGGGCUGCACCUGGCUGCUGCCUAUGCACAGCUUCCUUCCUUGCAAUGCCCCAUUGAGCCUUUUCCACAGAUCCUUUUCUGUUCUGUUUUUCAAAAGAAUAUAAGGUCAGGGAAGGCUCUGACUGCAUUCCUGCUGAAGGCUGCACAGUGACUUUCAUGUUCACUUUCUAGUUCUCUUUUUGAAAUCUCACUUUUCAUCUGCUUCAGUUCAGCUUUGAGUUAAGCGCAGACCUCUCUUGGUUAGAUGGAACAUUCAGAUGGAUACUUUCUAAAAGAUUUUUUUUAUACUUGUAGAAUCAGCGAAGGGGCAACCAGUGCCUGCAGAGAUAAGCCAGAUGAAUUUCAGAUUGCAUAUAAAACUUCUUGGUUUACUGAGGUGCUUCUCCUCAAGUCUUGUUUUAACCCCUUUCUACUUCCUGACAUCUUGACCUCUCCUUUUUGGUGCAACAUGCAAAGCUAGUAU